GAAAAUGGGUACACCCACACGUUUGUUGAGAGCAAGAGCAAUAACGCUUGGAAGUGAUUCGAGGUGGUGCGAACAAAAAAUCAGCAAAAAAGCCAAUAACUUGUGUGUAUUGUCAACAAGGGGAAGGGGCUUUUCGUGUUCCUCGCCAUUAACAGUGAUAGUUUCUUCAAUGACUUACGAGAAGGAGCUUGCUGCUGCAAAGAAAGCAGCUACUCUCGCUGCUCGUCUCUGCCAGAAAGUACAAAAGGCUCUGCUGCAAUCCGAUGUCCACUCAAAAUCAGACAAAAGUCCUGUCACAGUGGCUGAUUAUGGUUCACAAGCCUUGGUCAGCUUUAUACUUGAGAGAGAACUUCCUUCUGAACCAUUUUCAUUAGUAGCUGAGGAGGAUUCAGGGGAUCUUCGUAAGGACAGUGGCCAUGAUACAUUGAAGCGCAUUACAGAACUUGUCAAUGAUACUCUUGCAAGUGAAGGAUCAUAUAGCUUUUCUACUUUAACAACAGAUGAUGUUCUUGGAGCCAUUGAUAAUGGUAAGUCUGAAGGUGGUUCUGUUGGUCGGCACUGGGUUUUGGAUCCAAUAGAUGGCACUAAAGGGUUUGUGAGAGGAGAUCAAUAUGCUAUAGCAUUAGCUUUGCUACAUGAAGGCAAAGUUGUAUUGGGUGUCUUGGCUUGUCCAAAUCUUCCACUGGCAUCCAUUGGCAGUAAUCAGCAGCAUUCUUCUUCUCAUGAAGUUGGUUGUCUUUUCUUUGCUAAAGUUGGUGAUGGAGCAUAUAUGCAGGCAUUGGAUGGUUCUACACAAACUAGGGUUAGUGUGCAUGUCAGUGCUAUUGAUAAUCCAGAAGAAGCAUCUUUUUUUGAAUCUUUUGAAGCAGCACACUCCUCACAUGACUUGUCUAGCUCCAUUGCAGAAAAACUCGGUGUCAAAGCGCCACCCGUCAGAAUUGACAGCCAAGCAAAAUAUGGAGCUCUGUCUAGAGGAGAUGGGGCUAUAUAUCUGCGUUUCCCUCACAAAGGAUACCGUGAAAAAAUAUGGGAUCAUGCUGCUGGCUGCAUUGUUGUGACUGAAGCUGGAGGUAUUGCCACGGAUGCUGCAGGGAACCCUUUGGACUUUUCUAAAGGAAAGUUUCUUGAUGUUGUUUCUGGUAUUAUUGUUACAAACCAGAAAUUGAUGCCAUCGCUUUUGAGAGUAGUUAAAGAAGCACUCAAUGAGAAAGCAUCAUCCUUGUAAUUUCCUUUGUGUAAGAUUCUACCACUGAGCUUGCUAACGUUGUUGUUAGCUCCAGUUAAAUACAUGAUUGGAUUUCCAUGUACUUCUUUUCCUUUUCUUUUUCUCUAACUUUUUUUUUCUAUUAAUAAACCGAGAUCUUUACGUAAA